AUGUGGAUCGACAUGGAUGCGCCGUCCUCGCUGCAGCAGGCCGCACGGCCGCAGCGCAUGCAGUGGGCGGAUGCGCUGCUCGUGUGCUUCGUGGCCAUCUUCCUGUGCAGCUCGUACCUCUUCUGCUUCCUGUAUCGCCGCUGCUGCCUCCACAGGCGGCGAUACAACGAAAUGGCGCGCGUGCCGACAGCUACGAUGAUGGUCAGCGACAUGGAGGAGCCUCUGCUGGGGGAUUCAAGCUACGAAGACCAGUUGCCGACAGUCCAGCCCGUCCCUCUUGCUCGGGAAUACCAGCCGUCAGCGCCGCCGUUGAGCUGGGAUUCCGACCCUAGCGGGCUUGUUUGA